AAGGGAGAUUGACUUAUGGGUAGGACAAAAGAACGCGGUUUUGCUGGACUGUCGUAAGAUACCCGCCAACCAACUGCCAAUGUCUUAAUUUAGUGGUGAAAAGAGCCGAACUUUAUUCCACCCAAAAUCCCUGAAGCCGUCAAAGAGAAGGUCGUCGACACCUACUUGCUUCUCUUCUCAUCUCCGUCGCAUCAGAAGCUUCCUAUUGUAGGAUUACAAGAGUUUCUUUCUUCACUUGUUGGAGCAAAUACUACUUUACAAGAAAACAUGGGAGACUCUUCGAGUUCAACCUCUUGGAGCAGUCAAAAGGAUACAGAAGACGAUCGGAUGAUUGCUCUUAUGUUAUCUGAAGAGUACACUAAACUAGAUGGUGCAGUAGGCAGACGCCUCUCCAAUCUUGCUCCCGUGCCUCAUGUUCCACGGAUAAAUUCUUAUAUUCCCAACUUAAAUGAUGCCACCUUGGAUCACCAACGCCUUCUUCAAAGGCUAAAUGUUUAUGGUUUGUGUGAGUUGAAGGUCUCUGGUGAUGGAAACUGCCAGUUCCGAGCACUUUCUGACCAGUUGUACCGAUCUUCAGAGUACCACAAGCAAGUUAGGGGAGAAGUUGUUAAACAGCUCAAGGACAAUCGUUCUAUGUACGAAAGCUAUGUUCCGAUGAAAUACAAACGAUAUUACAAAAGGAUGGCAAAACCUGGAGAAUGGGGAGACCAUGUUACCCUACAAGCUGCGGCAGAUAGGUUUGCAGCAAAGAUAUGCCUGCUGACAUCCUUCAGAGACACUUGUUUCGUUGAAAUUAUGCCUCAGUACCAAGCACCCAAGCGCGAGUUAUGGUUAAGUUUCUGGUCAGAGGUGCAUUAUAACUCGUUAUACGAUAUUCAAGCUGCUCCAGUUCAGCAGAAGCCAAAGAGAAAACAUUGGUUGUUCUAGACCGUAGGCCUCUCACUCGUCUCAGAACUUCAUCUUUUUCCUAUAUUUCUAUCAGUUUUGUGCAUAAGCCAACAUUUGUAUACGCCAGAACUCUUCUUUCUCACUUCUGUAUACACACGAACUAGCUUUAGCUGUAACAUUUCUAAGACGAAUAUGAUAGAGUCAUUGAGUCAAGUACCAACGCGAAGACAAUAUGACAGUUUUAAUAACGUCGCGAAUAGAAAAUUACUCCAACAAGAUAAAUGUUUCAAGCUUUUCGAGCGAAUUUGUAUCCUUGAAGCUCAAAACUUUAUUUUCCACGUUUUUUGUUUUGUUUUUGUUUUUAACUUCUUAUUUCAUUUAUCAUUGUAAAGACAUUACAAAGUUUUUUUUUGGGUACAAGAUGUUAAGAUUCAUACCAAUAAUAA